GAAGGAGCGUCCACCGAGCCUCGCAUUGGAACCCGGGCUAACAGGGGUCUCGGAAGACUGUCCUUUUUGCAGCCAUCGGCUUCCAGAGAAAAAUCCAGGCCUUGACAGGGGGUGUUCAUUCAAGGGCUGGUUUUCUGCACACCCCCUCAUGCCCCAAGCAGACUGAAUGGUUUAAGAAUUUCGCCUGCCAGUUCCCGGCUGCAUAGUGGGUGGAUUUGAAGUAGAACAGCGUUAGGAGAAAGUGAUUUGCUGGAAAUUCUUAUGGAAGUUCAUGUACCCUGAAUGUUGAUAACACCCAGAACAUUCGCCAAGGCUCUGCUGCAAAUUCUUGCAAAGAAGCCUUCCUCUGGAUGGUAACUUUUUAUCCAGAGCUGAUAAAACCAGGGCACCUGUUAUAUAAGGCGACGUUCAGCAGCCGUGAUUUCUUGUGGCUUGGCAUGCGUGAACUGAUUUUAUUUGAUUUUAGGGCGUCUUUUGACACAGGAAGACAGAAAGGAGUAAUUAUCCUAUUCAUCAAACUGUUAGUGUUUUGCUCCUGAUUUUCACAUUAUGAUCUUACAUUUGUUGAGGGAUUUUCAUUGAUUAUAAGGAAUUUACAGGCAUCAGACAUGACAAUGUGAACCUCAAAACAAGUCUUUGCAAUUGUGACAUUUUUCUUUGUUUCUUUCUUCUUAUAUUUGUCACGGUCAAGUGGUGUAAACACUGAUCUUGACUUCAUUUAUCCAGAGAAUUAGUUUAGUUUGGGGGUAAAAAUCAUUCAGUACUCCCACCUCCCGAGUCUUUUUCUCUUCUCCUUUUCUUCUUGAAAAAGAAGCAUUUCAUCACUGAAACAAUUAGAGAGGAAAUGGAAUUUGGGGUUUUGCUGUUAUCAUCUGCGUUAACCAAAUCAUUCAUUCAUUUCAAACCAUUUGUCAGACAGUGGUUUGAACAUCAGAAAUACAAAGAUGAAGGAUUUGGUGAACUCACAGUUUGGAGAUGCAGUGGCCAGGUUUAACUUUAAUGAGGCAGCAGUGUUCUCCUCCUGACACGAAUAUGCAGAUUUAUAACUUUAUAAAUCCCUCUUGUUCUAGGGACUGAAUACUUCCACGAGUUAGCCUAUGAGGAAAAUUAAAACUCACUUUUUUCCCUUUGGAAUAUAACAAGUUGUUCUAUUGGUGAAAGACAAUCAUUCUUAAAAUGGCAUUUUGAUUGCUGUCUUUUUGCAGCAUGGACACCAAAUUGCUAAAAACAUGCUUUGGGACUGCCAGUGAAUGUACCUUUUGCAGUUUUACUACAGACUUAGUAGUUCUCUUUUUUUUAAGUUAAUAUUUUGGAGUUAAUAUCACAAUGAGUUCAGGCUUAUGGAGCCAAGAAAAAGUCACUUCACCCUACUGGGAAGAGCGGAUUUUUUAUUUGCUUCUUCAAGAAUGCAGUGUGACAGACAAACAAACCCAAAAGCUUCUUAAAGUGCCAAAGGGAAGUAUAGGACAGUAUAUCCAAGACCGGUCUGUGGGGCAUGCGAGGAUUCCUUCUGCAAAAGGCAAGAAAAAUCAGAUUGGACUAAAAAUCCUAGAGCAACCACAUGCAGUACUCUUUGUUGAUGAAAAGGAUGUGGUAGAAAUAAAUGAAAAGUUCACAGAGUUGCUUUUGGCGAUUACCAAUUGUGAAGAAAGGUUCAGCCUGUUUAAAAACAGAAACAGGCUAAGUAAAGGCCUGCAGAUAGAUGUGGGCUGCCCUGUGAAAGUGCAGCUGAGAUCUGGGGAAGAAAAAUUUCCGGGAGUUGUGCGCUUCAGAGGACCCCUAUUAGCUGAGAGGACAGUUUCGGGAAUAUUCUUUGGAGUAGAAUUACUGGAAGAAGGUCGUGGCCAAGGCUUCACGGAUGGAAUCUAUCAAGGAAAACAGCUUUUUCAAUGUGAAGAAGACUGUGGGGUAUUUGUUGCUCUGGACAAGCUGGAAAUCAUAGAAGAUGAUGAUAAUGGGUUGGAAAGUGAUUAUGCAGGCCCAGUGGACACCAUGCAGGUUGAACUUCCUCCUCUGGAAAUAAACUCCAGAGUUUCUUUGAAGCUUGGAGAAACUAUAGAAUCGGGAACGGUUAUAUUCUGUGAUGUUUUGCCCGGGAAAGAAAGCCUAGGCUAUUUUGUUGGGGUGGAUAUGGAUAAUCCUAUUGGCAACUGGGAUGGAAGAUUUGAUGGAGUACAGCUCUGUAGCUUUGCAAGUGUCGAAAGUACAAUUCUCUUGCAUAUCAACGAUAUCAUCCCAGAUAGCGUGACCCAGGAAAGGAGGCCUCCCAAACUUGCCUUUAUGUCAAGAGGUGUUGGCGACAAGGGUUCGUCCAGUCACAACAAACCAAAGGUUACAGGAUCUACCUCAGACCCUGGAAAUAGAAACAGAUCUGAAUUAUUUUAUACCUUAAAUGGGUCUUCUAUUGACUCACAGCCACAACCCAAAUCAAAAAAUACUUGGUACAUUGAUGAAGUUGCUGAAGACCCUGCAAAAUCGCUUACAGAGCUAUCUCCAGACUUUGGACAAGCUUCACCCCCACUGCAACCUCCUUCCAUGAACUCAUUAUCCAGUGAGAACAGAUUUCACUCUUUGCCGUUCAGUCUGACAAAGAUGCCCAACAGCAAUGGAAGCAUUGGCCACAGUCCACUUUCUCUGUCGGUCCAGUCUGUGAUCGGAGAGCUGAACAACGCGCCUGUCCAGGAGAGCCCACCCCUGCCCGUAUCUUCUGGUAACUCACAUGGUCUGGAAGUGGGCUCUCUGGCUGAAGUUAAGGAGAACCCUCCUUUCUAUGGGGUGAUCCGUUGGAUUGGUCAGCCACCAGGACUCAAUGAAGUACUAGCUGGACUUGAACUGGAAGACGAAUGUGCCGGCUGUACGGACGGAACCUUUAGGGGCACCCGGUAUUUCACCUGUGCCCUAAAGAAGGCGCUUUUCGUCAAGCUGAAGAGCUGCCGGCCGGACUCGAGGUUCGCGUCACUGCAGCCAGUCUCCAAUCAGAUCGAGCGCUGUAACUCCCUAGCAUUUGGAGGCUACUUAAGUGAAGUAGUUGAAGAAAAUACUCCGCCAAAAAUGGAAAAGGAAGGUCUAGAGAUAAUGAUUGGAAAGAAGAAAGGUAUCCAGGGUCAUUACAAUUCUUGUUACUUAGACUCAACUCUGUUCUGCUUGUUUGCUUUCAGUUCUGUCCUGGACACUGUGUUACUUAGACCCAAAGAAAAGCAUGAUGUAGAAUAUUAUAGUGAAACUCAAGAGCUACUGAGGACAGAAAUUGUUAAUCCUCUAAGAAUAUAUGGAUAUGUGUGUGCAACAAAGAUUAUGAAACUGAGGAAAAUACUUGAAAAAGUUGAGGCUGCAUCAGGAUUUACCUCUGAAGAAAAAGAUCCUGAAGAGUUCUUAAAUAUCCUGUUUCAUCAUAUUUUAAGGGUAGAACCAUUGUUAAAAAUAAGAUCAGCAGGUCAAAAAGUACAAGAUUGUUACUUCUAUCAAAUUUUUAUGGAAAAAAAUGAGAAAGUUGGAGUUCCUACAAUUCAGCAGUUAUUAGAGUGGUCUUUUAUCAACAGUAACCUGAAAUUUGCUGAGGCACCAUCGUGUCUGAUUAUUCAGAUGCCUCGAUUUGGAAAAGACUUCAAACUUUUUAAAAAAAUUUUUCCUUCACUGGAAUUAAAUAUAACAGAUUUACUUGAAGACACCCCAAGGCAAUGCCGGAUAUGCGGAGGGCUGGCGAUGUAUGAAUGUAGAGAAUGCUAUGAUGACCCAGACAUCUCAGCCGGGAAAAUCAAACAAUUCUGUAAAACCUGCAACACACAAGUCCACCUUCACCCCAAGAGAUUAAAUCAUAAAUACAACCCGGUGUCACUUCCCAAAGACUUACCAGACUGGGACUGGCGACACGGCUGCAUCCCCUGCCAGAAGAUGGAGUUGUUUGCCGUCCUCUGCAUAGAGACGAGCCACUACGUUGCUUUUGUGAAGUACGGCAAGGACGACUCCGCCUGGCUCUUCUUUGACAGCAUGGCCGAUCGCGAUGGUGGCCAGAAUGGCUUCAACAUUCCUCAAGUUACCCCUUGCCCGGAAGUAGGCGAGUACUUGAAGAUGUCUCUGGAAGAUCUGCAUUCCUUGGACUCCCGGAGGAUCCAAAGCUGUGCGCGGAGGCUUCUCUGUGAUGCCUACAUGUGCAUGUACCAGAGUCCGACCAUGAGUCUGUACAAGUAAACGGGGUCACCUCAUUCAGGUGCAGAAACUGGGUGCAAGAUUUUCACGUUGCAUUUUCCUCCAGCUGGCAGUUUUGUUUUCACGUCCAUUGCCGGCAAUGGAUGUCUUUGUGGUGAUGAUCCUUUGAAAAGGAUUCCUGUGUUUAAAGAACAAAUUUGCUUUUGUGUUACUAAAAUAUUUAAUAAGAAGCAUUUUGCACUCUAGAAAGUAUGUUUGUGUUGGUUUUUUAAGAAGUCUAAAUGAAGUUAUUAAUACCUGAAGCUUUAAGUCAAGUGCAUUGAUCAUAUAAUAUUUUUGGAAGCAUAAAAUUUUCAUUGUGACAGUGUAAAGCCUCUGAGUCCAUUGGGGAUGUAAAUAAAUGUGUCUUCUUUAUGGACCAAGGAUAUGAAAUCAUUUUUCCUUUGUAGCUAACAAUUGCCUUGAGGAAGAAAAUAUUUUGGUUUUAUUAAGAGUCUACUUUCAACCCAGUUAUUAAAGUUGCAUUGAGUUUGAUUUGUUAAUCCCCGUCUAGCACUGAUUCCUGCAUGUCUUUAACCUGCUGGCUUUCUGUGUUUCUGCGGUAGCAGUCAGAGAAGUAGUUCAAUUCCUUAGAGGUGUCGUUUUCUAUUUGUUCUGGUUUUGAGAUAACUGAGUGAUUUUUGUCAUAAAAUGUCCAUUUUGGAUGUAACUUUUCUGGGGGAGUACGUAUCCAGCAAUGGAAGCUCUUCACUCACAGUAGUAACUGUCAGUGAACAGGUUUUUUUUUUUUUUUUUAAAGCUCUAUUUUAUGGAAUGGUCACAAUCAAUUUUAUAAAAGUAUUGGGGUGAUAAACAUAAUGCAUUCCUACACAAAUAUAUAAUCUGUAAGAAAAUAAAUUUGAUCUAUAGAAUUACUCAUUACAACUUCCCUGAGAGACACACUGGCUCUCUCGCCCUCUGCCACUUCACGGACUGUCCGGGACGUAAGUGUGGCCAGUCAGUCAACUCACUGAAUUCAGUUUAGUUUCCCUUGUGAAAAUGACAGUUACAAAUCAGAUUUUUUAUUGAAAUGUUAGCAGCAGCUUUAUCUUCCUCCUGAUUAAAGAACUAGAAAAUGGAUGUUUUCUUAGCUGAUACCCAUAACGUGUGUCUAGAGCGUGGUACCGUUGUAGACUAGUCCCGUAGAUUAUACAUGUGCUGUGGGUUGUGUGUUCUGAGUGUUGUUUUGUGGGGAUGGUGUCUUUCUGGAAUGACCUCUUAACCAUGCAGAGAGACAGAAAAGUGGUCAUAUGCACACAACAUAUGACUUCACAGAGUAUUUAAUGGCAACAAAACUGCAGAGGAUCUUUAUAAACCCUACAUUUUUUUUUUUUUUUUGGUGAUUUUAUCAUUCCAUCUUGUUAGUAUUUACUAGCUUCCUCAAUCAUAAUAAGGUACAGAAGUUCCUUCGUCUUGUAAUUUUUUCACUCUUAAAAAGAAAAACUACAUGUUUUCCAUGAGGUUCUCCUAACUGCUUGGUGGGGUAAUGAGGGGGUGCCGGGAUGGGGGUGUAGGGAGCCAGAGCCCUGGGCUGAGGACAGAUCCCGCCUCCAGUCCCUUGAACACGUGGGAAGAACAGACAUGGGGUCAGGAUGUCUGAGGUCUCGUCGCUCUGACCAUCCACAAUUCUGAUCACCACGUGGGAAAUACCCACUGACUGCGAGGGCGCCCCCAGCGGAGCCGUCUUAGAAGGUUGUCCAGAGGGAUGAUUAGAAAUCUCUAUCUAGGUAAGACUGGACCUUAAAAGACAACUGGAGUUAAAAAGAAAAGCGAAGUCAGUUCCUUGUCUUUGAAAAUUAAAGCAAAAUGCAAGUUGAGGAAGGUCUGUGCUCCUCAGCUUUCCACCUGUCUGGAGGGGCCCCCUGCCUCGCGGCAGAGACUCUCCCAGGGGGAUGGCCCACCUCACCCAUAAGUUAUUUCUAAGGAAUUUUCCUCAAGUGGAACUAUACCUCCUCUAGUGUUAUCUGCAGAGGGGCCCUCUGUGAGGGCGUGCAGGGCCAGCGUGGUGCUUUGGUGGAGUUGUGGCCUUUCCUAAGGCCCUGAGUGGCCCCUGCGUGCCCCUAGCUUGUCCCUCCUCCAACAGAGCCCUGGCCCGUGAGUGGGCACCAGCAGGGCUGGGUUUGUGCCAAGGGUGGCCCCUGUGCCUGUAGAUUUACUUAAAAUUUACCCUUAAAUUUUCUUUCAUAUUUUCUUGUUGGCGUCUUGAAUGCUUUGGUUAUCUUUUUCCCCCUGUUUAUUGCCUACAGUCAAGAUGACAAUAUAGUAGGAUUGCCGUUUUUAUAAUGUGGCUCAUGACUCAUAGCUGCAAACAGAAAAUAUAAUAAAGUCGUGAUCCCCAACCUCCACACGUAAGUGUGCGUGCGCGCGCUUGGGGCUGUUGUGGGGCUAUGUUGUGUGUGCGUGUGUGGAUUUGUGUGGGGAGCAAGGGGAGCAUCUGUAUGAGAAAUGUGUUCAGUCCUUCACCGUGGGCUGUCUAAAGGAGUUUUAUCCCACCCACUGAAGAAUGUUUGCCAGGCCAGGAGGACACUUUGUACCAAUAAGGAAGCUCAGUCAACUGUGGUCCUUAUAAUCGGGGCAGAUUAUCUCCUCAGAACAAAGUAGCGUUUUUAGAGUUCAUGUUUGCCAAAUGUUGCAGGUGAUUGGUUUCUUCCUGUCCCUUGGUUGCUUUUAGACUUUCAUGUAAUUCACACAGCCCGGGAACAAGGGCAGGCACAGUCAUGGAGCCGUGGAACUCGUGCUGUUGCUCAAUUUCCUGGCUGUCAGCACGUGGCUUCUUCAUCAUCAGGGCUCUAGUCAGCCCCCCUCAGUGGGUCUGGGGUCUAGCUAGAUCAUCCUGUGUCUGCCUGGAUGAUCAUUGACAGAAGUGAGCAGGGACACGGGCUUGGCGGACAGGCUGCCCACCAGCAUGUAUCUAGGAUUGUGCCAGAAGGAAGAUUUCCUGGUCCCGCCCUCCGACAGCUUACCUCCUGCGUGGUGCAACAGAGCAGAACCACUGUGCCUCUGGCUGCAGCCCUUUCUCUGUCACUUGCUCUGUUCGUCAGCCUUCAGUGAUAUCCUGACGGUGGGGGCCUUAGCUCUCUCCUCUGUGUAGUAAGGGGGUUGGGAUAUUGCACUGUGCGUCCCAGGCCCUGCCUGCUGCAUCUGACUUUUCCUGAAAGGGGGGAAUUUGUUAGGGAAAAGCUCAGCUGGGUGAACCUGACAGUCAGAUUGAAGAACAUUCAAGUAGGGGAUCUCAACAGAGCUUUAGCUCUGUGCCCAUGUGAUGAUAUACCAUUAUGUGUUAAUGAUGCUCCAUAAAAGUGGGGAUGUGGCCACUCCCCAGAGUUUGCAUGGUACCGGAAGGGCAUUCCCAUGCCCACCUCCACCCCGCUGUUCCCGGGGCUUUAGGCUCUCUUUACAACACACUUUAGUCUUUUUUUUUUUUUUAGAUUUAUUUAUUUAUUUAUUUAUGCAAGCACUGGGUACAGUCAGAAGCGCG